AUGGCCAACCUCAACAACAUCAUCCACCGCCUGGAGCGGGCUGCCAACCGCGAGGAGGCCCUCGAGCUGGAUGAGAAUUCCCUGGACAGCGGGACGCGCUGGCAGCGCUGCCGCCUGGUGCUGCGGCGAGCGGGGCCGCCCGACGCCGAGGAAUUUGUGCUGGAGCUCUUUGACCCACCCAAGGGCUCCAAGCCCAAGCUGCUCGUCGCCUGCUCCGCUGUGCAGGAGGUGCGGAGGUGCACACGCCUCGAGAUGCCCGAUAACCUCCACACCUUUGUCCUCAAGGUCACCAAUGCCACCGACAUCCUGUUUGAGGCAGGGGAUGAGCAGCAGCUCAGCUGCUGGACGGCCGAGAUCCGGGAGUGUGUGCGCAGGGGGUCUGACACGGGUGACCCUGAGCUCCUGACGUGCCGACACCCCGACCCUACAGCCGCCAGCCCCACCACCAGCACCGACACCCUCAGCCAAGGGGCGACGCCGGGGGGCCCGGGGGAGGCUGCGGGGCCGAAGAUGGAGCAGUUCCUCUCCUCCUGCCCCUGGUUCCACGGGCCCAUCUCCCGUGUGAAGGCGGCUCAGCUGGUGCAGCUGGGGGGGCUGGAGGGCCACGGCGUGUUCCUGGUGCGGCAGAGCGAGACGCGGCGCGGCGAGUACGUGCUCACCUUCAACUUCCAGGGCAGAGCGAAGCACCUGCGGCUGGCGCUGACCGAGUGGGGCCAGUGCCGUGUCCAGCACCUCCGCUUCUCCUCCAUCGUGGAGAUGCUGCACCACUUCCACCGCUACCCCAUCCCGCUGGAGUGCGGCACCGCCUGCGAUGUCCGGCUCUCCAGCUACGUGGUGGUCCUGCCCCAGGCACAAGCUCCCGGCUCCAGCACCACGGUCCCCCUCCCCUUGCCCUUUCCCGGUUGGAACCCCGAGUUCAGCCUCAUCCCCACCGGCUCCUCCUGCCCACACGGCCCCGAUGAGCCCCCCGGGGGUCCCCCAGCGGAGCAGAUCUUCCACCUGGUGCCACCACCGGCAGAGCUGGCUCAGAACCUGCGCCCGGCCAGGGCCACCACGGCCACCACGGCCACCACGGCCCGGCCCCGCGACUCGGACUAUGAGGUGGAGGCACCGGGCCGGGGCCACGUCCGUGCCAUCGACAACCAGUACACGCCGCUCUGACCAGCACGGCGCCGGCACUGGGAUGCACUUUCGGGUGGAGAAAUCCUGGAGACCUUCUGGGGGAUCCAUCGAGAGAAAGAAUGUACCUGUUUCUUCCUUCUGGUUAGGGAUUAUUAUUGUAUUUUUGCAAAGGAAGGGGGUAAUUUUUCACUCCUGUACGGGUGUGCUCCCUCUCGUGGGCCUGUUAAAGGGCCUCUUAUUGUUAUUUUUGUUGUUCUUAUCGAAGCUUUUUCAUUACUGUUUACACAAUGCCGCUCGUGCCUGCGCCGGGCCCGGUGUCCUGCCUGUCCCCGACACGACAGAGCCCAGCCAAGGAACCAGGGGCUUGUGUUACACCCACGGAAUUGGAGAAAGUUUAAAACAAAACCAGGAUAACAAGAAAAAAAAGGAUUAUAAAUUCAUUGCCAAGUUGCUGCUCCAGGCCUCGUCCUCCCGUCCCGGCUGCUGAAGCCACCAGCAAAGCCCGACCUGAGCUGAGCUCCCACAAAGGGUGAUGAGCAGGGUUUGGGGUUUUUUUCUUAGCUAAAGCAAAAACUGGCUUUUUCUUGCUUUUCCUUCUUAACCCAGCACAGCCGUGGUCGCUCCCUGCGCCAGCCAGAGGGAUCCUCAUCCUGCUGUCCCGGCUGAUUGAGACUCAACACUAAUUGCUCCAUCCUCAGCUAUGGCACCAGCCGAGAACUAACACAGAGACUGACACAAACCACUCCUGCUGGAGAGGGAGGGGUUUAUCCCGUUCUAUCCUGGUGAUGGAUGCGUUCUGUCCCGGUGGUGGAGGCUUUUUUAUCCCUGUGGUGAAUGAGUUUUUAUCCCGGUGAUGGAACCGUUUCAUCCCAGUGAUUUUAGGCACAAAUCUUAAAGUCAGUUUUACCCCUAAAGAACCCCCCCCUACUCUUGGUUGUCUUUUUCCUCCCCCCAAAACUCCUGUCACCAGGAGCUUGGUGGCAUUUAAAGCUCAGCCAUCAGGUGAUGGGGGUCCCUGGGGACACCUCCUCACCUGGAGGAAAAGCUUGUCCAAAUCCCUGGGUCUCGGCAUCCCCUGAUCCCAAACUGUCCCCAAACUCUGCUGCUGUUCCCGAGCCCCUGGGGCUGUUUCACCUGCCUGGGGCAGCCCUGGGAGAGGAAGCAAUUCUGAGAAGCUGCCCUUAUUUUAGGAAAGAGGAAGGGCUGGAGCCGUUGCGCCACACAGGAGGGGAUGUUCACAGCAUUCAACUUCCAGAUUUCCCAGCGCAGCCUUCCCUGGGAUUUUGGAUGUAAAACUUGCCCUGAGAUUGCCUUACUGAAAGCUGUUUUAUUUCUGUUUUCCUUGAAAUUGCAAUACAGGUGGGAGACCUAAGGAGCAUUAACAUUCAGCAAUUCAUUUGAAAACCAGAAAAUGCAAAAACCUCGUUGGGCUGAGUUAGGGAAUUCCACAAAAAUCCAGCCUCUAGGACAGGCUUUGGUGUGGAGCGGGUUCUGGGUGAGCCCAAAGUCCAAGGAGACAAGGUCAGGAGCUGAAGGGCCAAAAUAUCCGGGGCCAAACAGCCCAGGAAUCAGCCAUGAGAGCAAAUCUGGGUUUAUAAAUCAGCGAGGCUGGGAGAAGAGAGAACCAUCAGCUGGAGAAACCAUUUAGGUUUUCCUUUUGUGCCUCCCCUUUGCUUGCUCUUGCUCUCUCCUGGGAUUUGUGCAUUUAGAGCAGGCAAAGGCUUUUUUUUUUCCCUGCUUUCUCUACACUCGUGCCUGAAACCGGAGCAUUAAGAGCAAAUUGCGCUGGUCCUGCAGCCCCGGAGAGGCUGAGGGAGGAACAAAGCCAGCCCUGUCCUCGCCGGGCUCCUCAGCUGUAUCCGCAUCCCAUUCUCCUCCCUGGAGCAGCACAAAGGCUGCAGCCAGAGGCAGGAGCACAUCCCCUUGUGCCAGGCGAGGCAGCUCCCUCCGAGGCUCAUAAAUAACUCCCCGUGCUCCUGCAUUUACAGGGAUGGGGAUGGGAAGGGGGGACGGCACAGCACGAGAUGUCGUUUCCUUCCCUCGCUUGCUGCCCGCUUCCCAAAGCCUUGGAAAACACAGGGAUGUGCUAAAUCUCGCUGAGAUUCCUGUUUUAAUCCCGCUGAGCUCCAGGGAGCUGCGUUCAAAGGGGUUUUCCCCCCAAAAGGCGAGGUGGAAUCACCCGAAUCUCCCCUACAUCUGCAAAGAAAGGAUGGGCUGGGAAAAGGCAGCGCUAUUCACAUCCCUCGCCAGAUGAAUCCAGAGAAAUCCUUGCCAGAUAAAUCAGAUGCUGCUGGGGUGGGUUGUUUUGGCACACCAGGACUUUAUUGUUCCAGUGCCAGAACUGAAACAUGCGUGUGCAUGUGGUAUUUUUAACCUGCAGUUUAAUUACAAGGGGGUUCUCCGCAGUUUAAAUGGCAAUUGCUGUGCUUGAUUAGUAAAAUACACGUUGGGUUCAUUAUCUCCCCGCCAGCCACUUCCCCCAUGCAAACAAACUCCAGUGGGGGAGAACUCCUGAUCUCCCCACCACUGAGCAGUGGGAGAGUCCCUCUGAUUAUUUCAGAGUUAAUUCCAUCCCCAAACUCAGCCACAGGCAGCCCAGUCCAGCCCUCCCAGCUCCACCAUCUCCUCAUUUCAUUUCAGAUCCGCUGCAGCAGGACCUGAAGGGAUUUUUGGGCUAUUUCCCAAACUCCCAGGGGGGACUGAGUUUGAAAUCCCGUUUCUCCUAGAAAACAUCUGGCUUGUGACACAGGUCAGAGCCUGACUCUGCUCCAGCCCUAGGAUACUCGCUCCUCUGCAUCACAGCAGCAGGCAAAGAGCAUUAAUCCGUUCCACCCUAUGGAAUAGAAGCAUUUGGCAGGAUUUUUGUAGCCCCUGUGGGAUUUUUAUUGGUGUUUAUAUAUUGAGUUCUGGGAGGAGGGGGCCCUGCGUGGCUCUGUGGAGGUGCAGAAAUAAAGCCAGGUUUGUGCCUUGGCCCUGGAGAUGGGCAGGUGGAACACGAGUUUGGAUCCCACCUAAGGCAGGCAGGAGCCACAGGAGCAGCUCUUGGAGCUGAGCUGGAGGCCCUGCCUGCCCCAUGGCCUCCCCCAGGAGAGGCUGGGGGUGGGGACAGCCCCGUUUCACCCAGCUACUCAGGACAGUUUUCAGCAAUAAAGAUGUAAACUUUAGUGCCUUUGCCCUGUGACAGCAGGGACCUCAUUUAGGGAACAACCCAAGACUUGGGUCUGGUCAGAAUUCCUCCCCCUCCUCUUCCUCUUGCUGUUUGCUGACAGCUGCUCCUGCUUGGUGGCCUCUGUGUCCCCAAGGGUGGCAGGUUCUGAAGGAGCUCCUGACACCUGAAGCAUUAGCUGAUGUCUCCCUCCUUCCCUCCCAAAUCCCAGCACCAGCAGGUACCGAACACUGACACCAGCAUUCCUCACCCAUCCCUUUGGAUUGGAGCUGUUUUGGGGUGAAACUUCCAGGAAAAAAAACUCCAGGGAGAAGCCAAAGCUUCUCAUUCUUCACCUGGACCACCAAACCCCGGUGUCACCCAGCAUCCCAAACCAAGAUCCAGAUCCAAACAGCCCCAAAAUUCCCCAGUAGCUCCCAGAGGCAGGGAUGAGACUGUGUAUUCCCUAGGUCAGCCUUCAGCAGGACGAUUAAAGCCAACAAUUUUGUUGGGAGUGUUUUAAUUUGAAAGUUCUACUUUUCACCUGCACAGAAAAGUUCUUCUUGUAUAGUAAUUUUUUUUUUUUCUAUAUAUUGUUUCUGUAUGUACUGUACAAGUAACUUAUUCUUGAAUAAUGCAAUUUUACCGUAAUAUUAAAAAAUAAAAAUAAAAAUCUGCUC